AUGACAACUACCUUACCUCCCUGCCUCUGCUCCAACGUCAUACUGGCCCCACCGUUUGGAGCAGUUCCCAAUAAUACUCCUAACGCAUGCAAUGUCGUCACGGGACUUGUCGGGUGCAUUAGUAUGAACACGUAUGCUAAAAAGGAUCAAGACGUUAUGCAUUAUUGGCUCUAUGACGAGAACGGUAACGUGGUCUUUGACUCGGGUGACUAUUGUUCGGGUGAUGUGUACAGAGUUGCGACGACCUGUGAUUGUCGGACAUUGGUCAUUCCAGGCAAUACCAUCAAUUCAAUCUAUUGUCUUGGAAUCAAAACGCCUUAUUGGAAUUGCACAAAUUCUGGAUUAAUCGGAAAAACAUGCGCAGCGUUUGGA